AUGGGUGACCUGCAAAAUUUCAUUCGGCAACAGUUUGUUGACCACAACUGGACGAAAGACCUUACAAUUUCAUCACUUUCAUUAGAAAAGCUCGAAUCAAUAGCUUCAUCAUUUUGCCAUAUCGAUGUCAAAUCUAAGCUGUAUAUACUUUUGGCCUAUAGUAAUUCCGAUUUGCCAUCCGACCUCCAGGCAAGAAAGCAUUGUGAAAAUGUUUUUCUUCAAGCUUUGGACGAAGAAAAUAACCUUGUCAAGGCAGUGGCUACGAUUUUGUAUAGUAAACAAACUCUUGGGCACCUUAAUUUUGAUGUUUCUUCCACUCAUGAGUCAUUUGAAAGCAAUAUAAAUAAGCUUCUUAGCACGAAAGACCUAUGGGAUGAAUCGGAUUCCCCUCUUUUAGCGGAAUAUCUUGGAAUUAACGCAAGUCAAUCAUCUGGGACUUUGCCGACGCAGAAUCCUUGCUCAAUUACUGGGGAAAAGCAUCUCGGAUUUACUCUUCGAUGUAAGCCUAAGUCAAUUUACCUGAAAGAAGCAUAUUUGGAGAAAUUACAAGAUGAAUGUCAUCGGCGGAGGGUCCAUGUCCCUAUUCCCUCAAGAAGCCAUUCUAGACAAGAUGAUUUGGAUGACACCAAUGGCAGCUCCAUCGGAGCACCUGGCAAUCACUCUUCGAAGCAUAGUAUUCUUGAAGGUUCUGGGUUUCGUCGCGCACCUGUUUUUCCUAGAUCCUAUAAUCAGCGAAAUCUUAGUAGCUUGCCCGAAAACGCCGAUGCUUUGACACAUUCCGGUCUAAAUUCACAGCAAAUUAGAAACUCUGCAGCCACUAUACGGGCUUCUUUAGCUGGAAAAUCACGUCAUAUCGAUGAUGGUCUUGAAGAUGGAUCAAUUCCUCUUAGUGAAAGAUUGUCCUCUCUAUCAUCUGCCAGCCAUCUAAGAUCAAAAACUCAAGGAGGAAUCAAGCUGCUUGAAUUUAGUGAUCUUCCGGUUCAUGGAAUAAAAGCCAAACAACUGAGGAAAGAUUUAUUUUAA